AUGAACCAGAUUGGUGUUCCAGAGAAUGUUGCUAUGGUGCUAGUUCAAUGCUUUCUUCGGUUUAAAGGCAUUGGAUUUACUAAAGACCUCGUCAGUGAGAAUGGCUUGAGAGAUGAGAAUGGCUUGGGAGAUGAGAAGAACCUGGAUACAAGCCGGCUCACACAGGAAGAACGUGAACUUUUAACAAUACUACAGGAUUUUGAUAAGGAAAAUUCUCAGAUAUAUCGAUCGCAUUCUGAAACCGGGGCUACCGAGAAGAUGGCUAGGGAAAGCUUGGCCAAGACCAUUCUUGAGACCUGGGAGGCUGGUGGUGGAAGCCCAUCGUCUCUACAAGACGCUCGUCUCCGAGACCUCAAAAAUGUCUCUGUCAAGCUUGCCGAAGACCUGGAUACCUGCAAAAAAGAUCUGGCGGCCUCAAAAAGGCUCUCGCAACAGUUGGCCAUAGAAGGAAAGGCCAUUAUGGAGAGACUAGCUUUGGAGUUGGAGACACAAAGCAUACUUGACCGCCAAACACAACAAAACGGAUUUAUAUCUCUGAGUGACCGAGUUCGACUAAGGUCUGUGAGAGCCCGUAGUAACAAUCUCAGUGUCACAGCUUCUGUCCCAACUUUGGAUGACAAAGGUCACGGGCCUAUUAGUCUAGACCAAGGAGAAGAGGACCGGUGUGAUGACGGUGAGCCAGCGAGUUGGGCAUACGAUUCGAUCUAA